AUGGCACCCGGUCCUUUAUCUCGUUCGAGUAAUCCGUUUGUUCAGCCCGUUCUCGCUGUCGUACAUACGUGCGGUAUCACGUUUUCACCAGUUAAACGUGGUUCACGUGACAUUAUCGAUACUCUCAAGUAUCAAUGCGACUGCGCCCCUCGUUCUGUUUCAAUGGGCGAAUACGUGGCCAGUCCACGCGUUACAUCUGGCAAGAUACAGACUUUUGCAAAGGAGUCGGACUAUCUAUUGCCUGAGCCAUCCUACGCCAUUAAUGUGCACAAAACGGAAGCAAAGGAGCAACAACAACAGCAACAACAGCAGCAGCAACGCUCUGCUAGUUCACUCUGGGGGUCCACAUUUACAUUAACCAAUACAAUACUAGGCUCCGGGACUCUUGCUGUCCCAUUUGCUAUUGCAUCGAGUGGUUGGCUCUUGGGUAAUGUCAUUAUGCUGAUUAUUGCAAUGAUUACACGAUAUUCGGUACAUUUGUUGUUAUCCGCAAGUGAUUGCGCGGGGAAGAAUUGUGCCAAGACGUACGAAAGUCUUGGACACUUUACUAUGGGUGCAUUUGGUACCAGAUUGGCAGAAUUUACCUUUAUUUUUGGAGGAUUCGGGACCCUUGUAAGCUAUUUGAUCUUUGUCACGGACUUGUGUGCGGCUGUCGUGGCCGUUUCAACACAUGACAAGUGGAUGAUUGCGGUAACUCUGGUUGCUACAGUAAUAUUUCCACUGUCACUGAGCCGCCGUAUUGGCAAAUUGUGGCUAGCGUCAAUUCUUGCUAUUCUUUCGAUCGGCUACGUCGUGGCAUUUGUUGCUGUUGCAUUCCUAGCUGUGUAUAAUACUGAAGGACCUGUAGAUGCUCCAGGGGUGCAAGCAAUUCGGCUGGAGCCGGGAAGUGUUUACACGGUGACACUUUUGGUCUCUGCAUUUGCAUGCCAUAACACGGCAUUGCCAGUGUAUGAAGAGCUCAAGGACCGUACGUUACCAAGAAUGAAUCGGGCUGUCGGUGGUGCAAUUAGUAUUGCAUUUGUGCUUUACGAAGUCAUUUCGCUCUGCGGAUAUCUGCAAUUCGGGUCGGACACAAAGGACAACAUUUUACUCAACUUUUCUCCAGAGUACGUGAAUCAGCACAAGUCAGUGGCAGUGCCUUUGCUGAUUGGACAAUUGUGCAUGGCACUGGCACUAGUUCUUACCACGCCAAUUGCCAUGUGGCCCUUCCGUUCAUGCGUUUUGAGCGUGUAUUUACGUGUGAAGAAUGGUGUGCAGACCCCCAGCCACAAAGCGACGUACAAAGAGUACGUGGGGGUCACGGUGGUAAGCCUGGCGCUGAUCCUGACUUGCAGCAUCUUUGUGCCUUCUGCCAAGAUUCCGCUGAGUAUCGUGGGCUCCGUAUCAGGGUCUCUGUUGAUUUUCAUCAUGCCAGCGUUGUUUUUCUUGUUGCAGUCGAGUGGUCCGAUGUUAAGUCGUGAGCAUGUGGGCCCACUACUCAUGCUCGUCGCAGGGAUUGUCGUCGGAAUUGUCGGUCUCUCCUUGACACUGUUCAAGUUGUAUCGCGAAUACUAUUAA